AUGAGAAAAGUAACAUCAAACCAUGCAGUACCUUUAACAUGCAUUUUGAGCUGCACAUGGAUGUUGAUUCUGAUUUCUUCUUCAUUUGCACUGAAACCUGCCAAAACUCCUGUGAUAGGAAAAAAACCUUUUAUUGCUGCUUGGAAUGCACCUAUAGACCUCUGUACAACAAAGUACAAUAUAAGUGUCAAUCUCAAAAUGUUUCACAUCAAUGGGAGCCCAAGGGCUUCUUUAACAGGACAGAAUGUCACCAUAUUUUAUGCAAACAGACUUGGAUUCUAUCCUUUCUACACAGAACAGGGCUUACCAGUAAAUGGUGGGAUUCCACAGAACUGCAGUUUGGAAACUCAUCUACUGAAAGCAGAUGAAGACAUUAAGUUUUAUAUACCUUCAGCUGAUUUCAGUGGACUGGCAAUUAUAGACUGGGAAUACUGGAGGCCACAGUGGAAGCGGAACUGGUACAAGAAGGACAUAUACAAGAGGAAAUCCAGGGAGCUAAUAUCCAAGGCCUAUAUAAAUGUUACUGCUGAGCAAAUUGAACAUUUAGCCCAGGACAGGUUUGAGCGAAGCGCCAUGGCAUUCAUGAAGCAGACAGUUGAGCUUGGAAUUCAAAACCGUCCGAAAGGCCUGUGGGGCUACUACCUGUACCCAGACUGCCACAAUUACAAUCUUCAUGAAGAGAACUAUACAGGCUCCUGCCCUGUGUUGGAAAGCCUUAGGAAUGAUGAACUCUUCUGGCUAUGGAACAGCAGUACAGCUCUCUUCCCAUCCGUAGCUAUUAAGAAAUCUCAUGCGGACAGCAUCAACAACUUACACUUCUCCAGAUUCCGAGUCCUUGAAUCCAUGAGGAUUGCUUCCAUGACAUCAAUGGAUUAUGAUCUGCCAACAUUUGUCUACACUCGCCUUGGAUACCGCGAUGAUCCACUGUCAUUUCUGUCAAUGCAAGAUCUUAUUUACACUAUUGGUGAAAGUGCAGCUUUGGGUGCUGCAGGAUUUGUUAUUUGGGGAGAUCUCAAUCUGACCUCAUCCAGACACAACUGUUCCAAAGUAAAUUUGUUUAUGAAUUAUGAAUUGGGUCUGUAUAUCACAAAUGUGACAAAAGCAGCUGAAGUGUGCAGCGAGUUUCUCUGCCAGAACAACGGGAGGUGUGUGAGAAAGGAUUGGCAGGCCUUUCACUAUUUACACUUGCACCCAAAUAGCUACAUGAUACAGCCUUCAAAUGAGGGUGAGUUUAUUGUCACAGGACAGGCUUCAAGUGAGGAACUCUCAGACUUGAGAGAGAAGUUUUCUUGCCACUGUUACCAAGGGUACGGUGGACAGAAAUGUGACAUCCUGGACAAACCAGGAAAACCUGAUAGCUCCACAUCCAAACCUUUCAAUUCUGUGGUGACAGUUUUUUUACUUUCUGUUGUGAACUUCAUUGUAUGAAGACUAUGGACCAAUGAUUAGGAAUAUAGGACCACUAUUUCAAUGAAUGCAUAUGGAUGGCAUAUUCAUCAAACUGUUAGAAGCCUAAGAUGAAAUUUGGGGGAGGGAUUAUUUGAAUGAAUGAUUGCUUUCUUAUUAGAUCACUUCCUUGUAUGCUAUAUAAAUCUCAGGUAAACUCACCUGGCUGUUGCCGUUGCAACCCCAGUUGUAACCCUAUCCCCAACCUCCACCUUAAUGCAGGCAGUCCCCUUGAUGUGGGGAACGGGCAUGGCUUUGACACAGUCCACCCCUGCUAACCUGGCGUCCUUAACAGGCAGGACCAGCGGCCAAAUAGUCCAUAAUCACCACUUCACCAUACCCAAACAAGCAGUCAUGAUCACUGCUUAAUUUGUGCCGGGGCUAGCCGGGGCUCAGCCCAGCCGCCUCUAGACUUAUCAGUUCAUAGCCCCAACACCUCUUGGCUUGCUGCAAUCUAGUAAUUCAAGUAAAUAUCUCAUUUUUUUUUUCUUAAAAUUCUCAACACAGUAUCCAUUCUGAAAGUCCUUUCAUGCACUAGAGAUGCAAGCAGCAGCAACAAGGC